GUUUCGAGCACAUCGACAACAGGCGGCGCAGGUUGCAAUAAAUUUACAAUUGUAUGCGGCUAUGCUGUAAAAAACGUAAAGAACUAAAGCUAUGAGACGCCUUAUUACGACAAAAUGAAAGUGAUGAUCGUUCCCAUUUAAUUUCAUUUUGUUGCAGCAGAAUUUUAUAAAAAUAAAAUAAUGGAUAAAAGAAAUAAAGUAGAUUUAAUAUUGACAUGCAAUAAUCCUAUAAGUAUGUCAAAAAAAUAUAUAAAUCAAGAAUAUACAAUUAGUCAUUUCAAUGAUAUUAAAUCAUGUGAAAAUAUAUUUUUAUGGCUUGAUAAAUUUAAUAAUCUAAUGUGUUCAUCUGUGGGACAUAGAAGUUAUGAAUUAUUAAAACAUUUACUUUUCCUUUACACACAAAAUAUUUUAACUAAUAUAAAUACAUAUUGUGAAAAGGUAUUGGAUAUGACAAAAUUAAAAAAUCAUCUAAGUACUACAUUAACAUUUUUUCAUCUUUAUUGGAAUGAUAUUAAAGAGCAUGUUAAUGAUUACAACUCGUAUUUAAAUGAAAUGUCAAUACUGUUAGGAAUAUACAUAGAUAUAGAACUUAAAACUUUUACACAUACUAUGGAUUCAUCUAAAAUUGCUUCAAAACUGCUUUCAGCAUUAUGGAUAUAUUUAAGUAACUCAGAAAAACAUAUUUUUAGAGUAUUGCUUAAACUAAAAUUUGUUACUAAAAAAUAUUCAAAAAUUUUUGAUUUUAUAUUCAUGAAAAGUUUUACUAGUUUCAAGAAAAGUGUGGAAUCUUUAACAGAUAUAGAGUAUGUUAGAUAUCUACUUGUUCUAAAAAUAUGGAAAAAAAUGAAAGAAACUAUAGAAGAAAAAAAAGAAGUGAAUAAGAUAGCUUUAACAAUAUUAGGUCCAUGUAUUCCAAAAAUGCGCGAUGAAUUAUUGAAGAUUAUAUAUAAAGUUCCAACAGAAUUUGAAAAUGGAACUCUUGCCCUAUUACAAUCAAAUGUAUUUAAUUUAAAAACUGCAUGUAAUAAUUUUUUAGUAUUUGAAGAAACAAUGUUUAUUGAAUCUAAAGAUAAUUUCAUAACACAAAAUUCUGAUUUAUAUUUACAGGAUUUAUAUAGUAUCCAAAAAAGUUUUAUAAACUGUGAAUUAAUAAAAAAUGGUACAGAAAAUAAUCAUGCUUUUAAAGAUGGAAUAAAUAAUAAUAAAAAUAAUAAUGAACUUCUCCCAUCAAGAAACAAAUUUAAAAAUUAUAAAAAAAUAUCAAAAUUAAAACCCGAAGAAUUAAUUUUAAUUGAUUUAACUAAAGAAGAUGAAUUAAAAACAGAUAAAAAAAAAAGAAAGAAAAAAUGUCAAAGAAAUUUAGAAUGGUUAAAAAUGGUAAAAAAAAAAUAUAAAGUACAGAAACAAAUUGAUGAACUAAAACAUAAAAAUCAAAUAAAAAUUUCAGAUGUUCAUAGUAUGAAGAAUUCUGAAAAUUUUUCCCAUAACAUUCUUCUUGAAGAACAACCAAUUUCGAAUAAUAAGAUUAAUGAAAAUACAGAAAGUAAUACUUUAAUGGAACAAAAAUCAUUUCAGGAUAAUACUCAUAAUUUAAAAAAUAUACAGGAUUAUAUUUAUUACAUUAAAGAAGAAAAUAAUGAAAAUUUUGAAAUUUUAAAAGAUAAGAUAUUGAAAACAAAUGAAUGUAAAAUUAAUACAUCAAUAGAUAAUCAGAUAUGUGAUAUAUCUUCUAUACAUGAUUUGAAAAAUACUAAAGAGUUAGAUCAAGAUAUACAUUGGGAAGUAGAAAAUUCUAAAAUAGAAAAUUUGCCACAAAAAAAUGAUGCAAAAUCAUAUUCUGUAGAUGAAUUUGAAAAUAUUGAUAUUUUAGAUAGUAUUCUAAAUGUACAUAUACCUAUUAAAGAUGAACAAGAUUUUUGGGAAAAUUCACAAUCUCCAUUGAUGUCACCAAUUAAUUAUGAUAAUUCAAAUAGCGUAUUAGAUUGUAUUCAAGAUUUUUUUUCAUCCUCUGAAUAUAUGCAUUCUAAUGAAACAGAAGAAAAAUAUAUUUUAUCAAAUACAGAAAAUUCUCAAACCUUAUUACCUGAAGAUAGUCUUGGAAUAACUGGAAUAUUAAAUAGUUUAUUUGAUUUUGAUUCUCCUUCCAAUGAUUUUAUGUAUUCAAAUAUACAGACAAUUAAUCCGUGAUUAAUUAAAAAAACUUUUAAAGAUGAAAUAACAAAAAAUUCUAAUAUAUCUGAAUUGCAUUUUGAGGAAAAAAUUACAGAAAAGAAUGAUUUAGAAAAUACAUUUUUACAAGAAAAUAAGGAAUUAUAUAGUAAUCAAAAUUGUUAUGUUGAUGAUAAUAUGGAUAUAGUUGGAUUUGGAUUAAAUUCAAGUGCAGAAGAAAUAAUUGAUUCUUAUUCAUUGAGUAAAGGUAUACCUUCAUUUUCUGAUCAUUCAACUGUUUUAGUCAAUUCAAGUAACAUAUCUUCUGAAGAUAAAGAAUUAUUUCCUAAAUACAAUCUUUCUAGUCCUACUGAUAAGUUUAAUACCGGUAAUUUUAUAGAAAAAUCAUAUAUUUUUCAAAAAAAAGAUAUUAAUCAAGUUCAACCACUCAGUGAUACAAAAAAUCAAGAUUUACCUGAAAUUUGUAUUACUAAUAACAUUUCAUCAAAUAUGAAUUAUAUAUUAAAUCAAUCAAGAGAUAAUUUUCAGUCACAAAAAUAUGCAUGUACAGAACUUGAAACUAGUCUUUUUGUAAAAAAACAAUCUUUAAAUUCUUGUGAUUUAUUGUCUUCCACAGAUUCAAUAUCAUGUAACAUUGAUACAACAUUUCAAUGUGUUAAACAAAAACAUAAAAAUUCUAUGAGACAAAGAAAUAUUCAAAAAACUAUGCAAUAUAAUAAAGAAAAACAAAAUCACAUUACAAAACGUAAAAUAAAAAUUAGUACACAAUCUAAAUGGACAUUAAAUUCUAAAAGAAAAAUUAAAAUGAAAAAAAAAGAAAAAGAAUCAUUUACAUUUGUUAUUCAACCCAAUCAAGAUGAAUUAAAUUUAAGAUGUUCAGAAAUUACUAUUAUCAAUCCUUUGAAUUAUCAAAAUAUACAAAAUACAUGUGAAUCACCAUUUCAAAUGUCAUAUUGUCAAACAUCUCCUAAAAAUUUUUGUACAUCUAAAAAGAAAAAUAAACAAUUAAAUUGUCCAGGAGUAAAAUAUAUGUCUCAACAAAAACAAAUUUUAUUAAAUCUUUAUGAAGAUUCUAUGGUGGAUGGAAUCUACAAAGAAGAUUCCAAAGUAGAAAAUCUUCACAAUAUCAUGGAAGACAUCUCAGAAGAUUCAAGUAUAUCAAAUAUAUCUGAAAAAUCACAUAAAUCUAAAAAUAAAUCUUGUUUCAAACUAUCAGAAAAAAAUAUGGAAAUUGAUACUGAUAUAAACAAAGCAAAUAUCAUAACAGAUAACAAUAUAAUUAAAGUUUCAAAUAAUACUGGAAAAUCUAAUGCCAAGUGGUCAUUACAAGAUAUAGAUAUGCAACCAUCAAAUUCUAUUAAAGAACAAAUAAUUACAACUUUGAAUGAAGAUAUAUCUUUGAAAAAAAGAAAAUUACAAUUUCAAAAUUUUAUUCAACCAACUUCCACAAAUGGAAUUCUUUGUUCUAUAAAUCAGCAAAAAAAGAAAAAAAAUCAUUGUGUCUCUAUAAAAAAAGAAGAUUCUAAAUUAGAGAAUUCUCAGUGUACCAUGGAAGAUAACAUCUUGGAAAAUUCAACUAUGUUAAAUGUAUUUGAAAAAUCACAUAUACCUGAAAACAAAAACAUAGAUACAUUAUUAAAAACAAAAUGUUAUAUAUCUUCAAGAAAAGGUAAUUAUUUAAAAUUUUAUUUUAUUUUUAAUAUAGUUUGAAAAUAUUAUUAA